AUGGACAGUGUUCGGAUUGUGCGUCGGUACUUUCACAUAUCCGGACUUGCAUCCUUCAAGCAUAGUAUUAACGAAAUUGAUCUUGCUGCUUUGGAAAAGAAGCAAAAUUUGUCUGAUAUAAUAAAUAUAAGGAGGGAACACGUAAAAAGCAGUUUUGAAAACGUGAGCAAGACAUUUAAAACAAAAAAUAUUGAUACGGCAGUUAAUUCACUUAUUUCGUCAUUAUACAAUGAAAAGCAAAAGGAUACUGAAUGGAAGUCAAUCCAACCUUUUCAAACAUUUGAUGAAAAUAAUCAAAGGCAAAGAACUAGGCAUACGAAACUUUAUUUAAUACAAACAAAGCUUCAUGGUGAUUAUACGACAAUGCGGGAGAAAAGGAAGAAACGGUGUAAACAGUUACAACAAAUGUUUGCUGGACUGCCAAAGAAUUAUAGUAUGGUCAAACUCUCAAAGCUUUUAAAUAAUGAGAUAUUUCUUAAAAAGGAUGCUUCCAGAUAUUAUCAGGAACUAGGAAAGCUAUAUCUUUCAUCAACAUACAAACCGGCUGUGAUGUAUAUGAGAUGGACUGAUCUUGAGCUUCUUUUAACCCGAUUCAUAUUCGCUGAUAGAAACCUAAGAACUGCUGAAUACUUACGGCAAGCAAAGAAUUUGUCGUUGUAUGCACAACAAAUUUUAGAAGAUUGUAGCCUCAGUGGAAUAAAGCUCACAAGAAUGGAGCUUUUCAAACUUCUUCGAAUUACAUCGGCUAUAUCUGAGAAGUCAAAAUUAUUCAAGCUAUACCGUCAAUUUGCCAAUGCUUUCGAACCAUCUUCUGACUCGGAACUUUUCAUGUACUUUCUGAAUUCAUAUAUUCCACUUGGUAGAAAUUUCAAGAUAGUGCAAGAAGAGGAUAUUCAAUACGGGAUGGCAAUUUUAAGCGACAUGAUUAAGUGUACAUCACCAAUUGUUCCUACUAGAUUGAUGGACUAUUUAAUUCUCAAACUUGGUGCCUGCUCAGGAAGUACAUUCCUUGUUCUUGAAACGGUAGAGCAUCUUCUGGUUAAUUAUCAUUUAGAUUUGGAAAGCAUGCUAGCAAUAAUCGACUCUUUAUUUAAAGUCGAUGAAGCAGAUCUCUCUCUAAUCAUUAUGAAUCGUUAUUUGGAUGAAUGCAAAGAUGGCCAAAGGGAAGCAAAUCCGCUUAAACUUAAAUUUGCUGAUUUUCCAAAUAGAUAUCGGAUAGACGUUCGUCUAAUGGAUUUCAUGUUAAAGGAACAUCAAUCGAUAUCUGACAGAGUGGGCUUUAAAUAUUAUUUAGAAUAUGAUGAGAGAAUAUGGGACUCUUUUAUGAGGUAUUACGGUAAAGCGACGAAGCAGAAGUAUCUUACAGCUCAAAAAGUCGCUAUGGAAAGCAAAAUCAAUCAAAUAAAGACUGGAUUAAGGUAA